AUGGAAUGUGGGGACGACAACAUAAAGAAACGCGAUGCGCUGACUGAAGAAUACAGAAAGGUUUUGUACGAAAUCCAGAACGAGAAGAAAUUCGAUGAGCAAGAUUUCACUGUUGUUGUACAAGGAUUCAUGGAUGAUAUAAGGGACGCUUUUCGAAAUAAAAAAGGCGACUAUGACAAAUCAUUCUAUGGUGCCGAUAUGUUUCAUCUUAGUAAAUACGGGAAUGCAGUGUUAGGCAAAUUUCUUUGGAAUGCCAUGCUUGAGCCCGUCGGCAAGAAAACCACAAAAGCGGAUCUUGGCGAUGACUCAGCUCCUUUGAAAUGCCCUUCUAAGGAUUCUCCCUUCAUACAAACUCUAGGAAACAAAUCGUGA